CAAACGCAUCGCAGCGAAGGUACAACAACUGCUUGGCUGAUUGAUCAUUAUAUCCCUCAACACAUCAGCCUCAUUACUCAGUCAUUGUCGCGCACCAUGUCGGACGACGAUGACUUCAUGCAGGACUCGGAGGAGGAGAACUACGAUUUCGAGUAUGAAGACGACGACGAUGCGGAUGGCGACGAUGGUGAUGUCGAUGUCGAGAACAAAUACUACAACGCAAAGCAGAUGAAGGGCGACAAUCCGGAAGAGGCGAUACAAGAAUUCCUAGGUGUUCCCGCAUUAGAGCCAGAGAAGGGCGAUUGGGGAUUCAAGGGAUUGAAGCAGGCGAUAAAGCUGGAGUUCAAGCUCGGUCGAUAUGAUGAUGCGGUGCAACACUACACGGAACUGUUGACGUACGUCAAAUCUGCCGUUACGCGAAACUACUCCGAGAAGUCCAUCAACAACAUGCUGGAUUUCAUUGAGAAGAAUGCCGAGGACGAAGCCGCCAAUGAGUGCAUGGAGAAGUUCUACUCCAAAACACUAGAGUCAUUCCAGGCUACCAACAACGAGCGGUUAUGGCUGUCAACAAACACCAAGCUUGCACGCCUUUGGUUGGCACAGAAGGACUACGCACGGUUGACCGACAAAGUCCGCGAGCUACACAAGGCAUGCCAGCGUGAGGACGGCACAGAUGAUCCGAGCAAAGGCACGUACAGCAUGGAGGCCUACGCGUUGGAGAUUCAGAUGUAUGCCGAGACUAGGAACAACAAGCGCUUGAAGGGGCUUUACCAGCGCGCGCUUAGAGUCCGCUCCGCCGUGCCGCAUCCGAAGAUCAUGGGCAUCAUCCGCGAAUGUGGUGGCAAGAUGCACAUGAGUGAAGAGAAUUGGAAGGAUGCCCAGAGUGACUUCUUCGAGUCCUUCCGAAACUACGAUGAAGCUGGCUCGCUCCAGCGCAUUCAAGUGCUGAAGUAUCUCGUGCUGACGACCAUGCUGAUGAGGUCCGAUAUCAAUCCCUUCGACUCGCAGGAAACAAAGCCCUAUAAGAAUGACCCGCGCAUCGCAGCCAUGACAGAGCUUGUCGAUGCAUACCAGCGUGACGACAUCCAUCAAUAUGAGACCGUCCUUUCAAAGAACAAGGACCUCCUUGCGGAUCCAUUCAUCGCCGAGAAUAUUGACGAAGUGACUCGCAACAUGCGCACCAAGGCGGUGGUCAAAUUAGUGGCGCCAUAUACUCGGUUCCGCCUCGAUUUCAUCGCCAAGCGACUAAAAAUUUCCAUUCCCGAGGUCCAGGACAUUGUGGGAUUCCUGAUCAUGGAUAAGAAGCUGCGUGGUAAGAUCAACCAAGAAGCUGGGACCGUCGAGAUCGAGAGUCGCGCAGACGUGGACCGUAUGAACGCCAUGGCGGAUUGGACCGCUGCCAUUCGCUCGCUUGCCGGCGUCGUACUCAACGAGGGCGAUGGUUUCAAGUCAGAAGAUGCUGGACUCGGUGGCCAAGCGGGACCCGGUGGAGGGGAAGUAUUCGACGUGAUGGCACAAUCGUCGAACCGAGUCGGGCAGCACGGCGCACGGCGCAGACCUGGUCGAUUUGGUGCUGGGAAAUGAACGGGAACACACAUUCGAGUGAGACACUCACUCGGAUCGUGCGCCACCGCGAAAAGACUGAACAGUCGGCGAGCCCGUUUGCGUGAGAACGAUUUCUCAAGACGCCGAAUGGGUGCGCAAAAGAGACGGCGACCUCUGUGCACGCCACGACGCCGACCCUGAGAGGGCGGUUUCGUACGAUGCCCGGCACAAGGCGCCUUCCGGAGAGCCGUCAGCCGUCAUCUCAGCAGCAACAUCAGCGCUUCGCCUACGAAACAGAACAGCAUGCGAUACGAAGGGGGAAGGGAAACAGAACCGCGACCAGGGUGUAAAUUGCUGCCACCGCACACAUACACUCAUAGUCUAUCUAUGUAUGUUUCGGGAUGCACCAGGAGGAUGGGCGCCGGUCCCAGCGCAGUGGAUUCGGCUACAGUAGUACCUCUGCAGUAUCUCGACUCGCUUGUGCAUCUGCGGAUUUGCAAGCAAGCGUCGCCUGCACCCGAGUACAUGCUUACAUACAUAGAUUUCGCACGCUAAUGGGCGCGGAUACUGUAGCCGGCCGCGCGGAAAGUACUUCACGCGAGGCGAGGUCUGUUCAACUUUGUGCUGCUGCGACUACUAGCAUGCGAUCCAUCAAUCAGUUCAGUCUCACGGUCCUCGUGCCG